UGUUGAGCUGUGGAUCAAACCGAAAGUUACAAAAAAAAAAAACUUAUAUAAACACACACACAUCAAAACCACACAAUCUAUGCCUCGCACUCCAAAAUGGGCGUCUUUUUCUCUAACCUUUGGGCACGAUUAUUUGAGAAAAAACAGAUGAGACUGCUCAUGGUUGGUCUGGAUGCAGCAGGGAAAACUACAGUCCUCUACAAACUCAAGCUUGGUGAAGUUGUCUCAACUAUUCCAACUAUUGGAUUUAAUGUGGAGACGGUUGAAUAUAAAAACAUCUCAUUCACUGUGUGGGACGUUGCUGGUCAGACUAUAAUGAGAGGCCUCUGGAGACACUACUUUAACAACACUCAAGGACUGAUCUUUGUGGUGGACAGCAGUGAUCAUGACAGGAUUGAAACAGCAGCAGAAAUACUGAAUUCAAUGCUGGCGGAGGAUGAAUUGAGAGACGCUGUUUUACUGGUUCUGGCUAACAAGCAGGAUUUACCCAAAGCCAUGCCGGUCCAUGAGCUGACAGACAGACUGGGUUUACAUGCACUGACUGGAAGACAGUGGUUUGUUCAGUCCACAAGUGCAGUUCAGGGAUCUGGUGUAUAUGAAGGAUUCGACUGGCUCACAGAUCAACUCUCCAAACAGCAAUAACGCUGGAAAUAUAUUCAGAUUUCUGAUGCUUGAAGAAAAACAUCACUGUAUUGGAAUGUAUAUAUUAUAUAACAACUUGAAUUUUA